AAUAAAAAAGACAGCACCCUCCCUUAUGUUAGCUCGCUGUUAGCCGUGCAGCUAGCAGGACUGAUGACGAGAGAAAAAUGGCGGAUCUUUCGAAAUCCAAGCCCGGCCUGAAAUAGUAACGCAGCCAAAUAUCUUGCUGGCCUCCUCUCUCCUCGUCCCCCCGGAUUGGAGCCUUCUUGUCGGGAUUGUUUUCAUUUCCCUCCACACAUAGAAAGUAAUACAACUUUGCGGCUGUUUGUACAAAAGCAGCCGGUUAGCCAAGCUUGGGACAAGCGAGCCCCUCAGUGGGGAAGACACAAAGAUUCUGCCGGGGAUGAUGAUGAUGUUGAUGAUGUCGUCGCCGUCGUUCACCUCUUAUCAGCUGUGUACCGGGGUGCUGAGUCGACGCCAACAUGGACGUGGUGUCACCCGAGCUCAACAGCCUCCUCCCAGAUGAAAUCAUGGACAUGGAGUCCAUCGAGGAUGUGGCUCAGUCCAGCCAGGACGUCCCUGUCGCCAUGGAAACGGACACGACCCCGGAGAGCGUCGGCUCCUCGACGGAACGCGUCGGCGUUGCCGUCUCCGCUUCCGGUUUGCCCUCCCCGCUGGUGAGCCUGAGACCGGCGCUGGACACCUCCACCGCCACCACCAAGACCACGGACAGCAUCACGGGGACGACGGUCACCACCAGCGCCUUGCAGAAGCUGGCGGUGCCGCUCAGCAUCUCCGCCGCCAACCAUCAAAUCAUCCUCAACAAGGUGGCUUCGGCCCAGGCCACAGAGGCGGCGCGUUCGGCGGGGGGCCAAAAGCUUCUGGUGACCACCAUCGGGAAGACGGGACAGCCCAUUGUGCUGCAGCUGCCCCACAGCGCCACCAAGUCCGGAGGAGCGGCGGGAGUGGCCGACGCCAAGUCCAUCAAGUUGGUGACCAUCGGCGGGAGGUCGGAUUUGAAGCCCGUGGUUGGGAGCACAACCGGUCAGGUGGCCGCCUUGCAAGGGCAGCAGCUCAAAACGGUGCAGAUUGCAAAGAAAACGCCGGUGUCCUCGACUGCGCCCAUCAAGUUCAUCAUCAACAAACCGGUGAACAGCAAAGCGCUGAGUCCUCAGACGUCAGGUGCUCCCGUCAUAGCGGGACGGGUGCUGGCGCAGAAUUCGCCAACGAUGCCUCAGAGGCCGAUCACGCUCACAGAUUCUCCCCACAACACCACCAUCAGCAUCCAAAGCAUCGCCGGCAAAAAGAUCGCCAUCUCCCCCCUCAAGACUCCAAGCAAGGUGACGGUGGUGUCUGUGGCGUCGCCGACCUCCGGGGCCGCUCAGAAGUCCAUGACGCUGCCUGUCAGCGUGGCGCUGAGCCAGCAGAUCCUCUCCAUGCAACAGUCGACGGCGGUGUCGCCCGUCAAGGUGGCCACCAGCCAGGCGGCAGCGCAGAAUAUCAAACCGGUCCAGUCGGUGGCGGUGGGCGGCUCCCAGUUCAAGACCAUCAUCCCGCUGGCGGCCCAGUCGAACUUGCAGCAGAUCCAGGUGCCGGGCAGCCGCUUCCAUUACGUUCGCCUGGUCACCGCCACCACGGCGAGCGGCGCCAUACAGUCCAGCGCUCCCAGCAGCAGCGCCGUGCAGACAGCCAAACCCAUGGUGGUCAGCACGGGGGCGGUGAGAAUGUCGGUCCCCAUCGUCACGGCGCAGACGGUCAAGCAGGUGGCCCCCAAGCCGCUGACGUCGGGAGCUCAGGUGGUCAGCGGCACGCCGUCCCAGCAGCGCCUCAUCAUGCCCGCCACGGCGCUGCCGCAGAUACAGCCUAACUUCGCCAACUUGCCGCCGGGCACCGUCCUGGCGCCGGCCCCGGGCGGCGGCAACGUGGGCUACGCCGUGUUGCCGGCGCAGUACGUCACACAGCUGCAGCAGGCGCCCAUCGUGACCCUGGCCAACAACUCCGCUUUUCCCACCGCCUCCGCUGCCGUCCAGACUCAGGCCCGGCUCCCGCUCAAUGGGAUGUCGGCAGAGGCGACGUCGCGGCCGAGGAAACCCUGCAACUGCACCAAGUCUCAGUGUCUCAAGCUAUAUUGCGACUGCUUCGCAAACGGCGAGUUCUGCAACAACUGCAACUGCAACAACUGCUUCAACAACCUGGAGCACGAGGCCGAGCGCUCCAAAGCCAUCAAGACGUGUUUGGACCGCAACCCGGAGGCAUUUAAGCCCAAGAUCGGCAAAGGGAAAGAGGGCGAAUCAGACCGGCGCCACAGCAAAGGCUGCAACUGCAAACGGUCGGGUUGCCUGAAGAACUACUGCGAGUGCUACGAGGCCAAGAUCAUGUGCUCGUCCAUCUGCAAGUGCGUGGGCUGCAAGAACUUCGAGGAGAGCCCGGAGAGGAAGACGCUCAUGCACCUGGCCGACGCCGCCGAGGUCCGGGUCCAGCAGCAGACGGCAGCCAAGACCAAGCUCUCCUCGCAGAUCUCAGACCUGCUCAUGAGGACCACGCCCGUCAUCUCCAGCGGCGGCGGCAGGCUCCCGUACACAUUUGUGACGAAGGAGGUGCUGGAAGCGACGUGCGAGUGCCUCUUGGAACAGGCCAAGCGGGCGGAGCAGACGCGGCAGCCUCAAGCGGAAGCCGAGCGCUUGAUCCUGGAGGAGUUCGGACACUGCCUUAUGAGGAUCAUCAACUCGGCGGGCAAAGCCAAAGCAGACUUUGCCGCCAUCAACAGCUAGGUUCACAAUCGUAGCCGGGUUGGAACGGACACACGUGGAACAUCAGAGACGCUCAUCUUCGCGCAAAAGAAGUGCCGCGCUUCCAGCUUUUAUUCCCCCCUUUUUAUACUCCUUUGCUUUCCUCUUUCCUAUCUGAUGUUUUAUGGCAAAAAAAAUGGUGUAAAUGGCAUAUUUGUGCUCUCACUUGAUAAAACGCAACACAUUUUUGAUAUUUAUUUUGAAAAGUAUUUGUAAUUAGCGCUAAUCUUUUGUUGCUUACACUGUUAAUUAUUUUUUAUUGUUAUUGUUAUCAUCAUGGUUAUUAUUAACCAAGGAUAGGCUACAUCUAUUCGAAAUCUGUGCACAUAGGCCACAGCUGCGAAGGAUAAAAUACUAAACAAACAUUAGCAAUCUUUGUGCUCAAGAAAAGGAAUGCUGUAUUUGGGGGAAGAAACAAAAAACAAACAAACAAACAAAAAAAAAACACAAUGGAAGUCCAGAAGCACAAAAAUCAUCAAAACAUAAAAACCUGGCAAGGAUUGGUUGACAGUGUAGUGUGCCUUUUUACAUGGUGGUGGAACCACAGUAUAACACCAGUUUUUAAGACCUUCAAAACCACCAAAAUACACGUUUGAUUGAUGCUUUUUAUCCUUCUGUUGAUCAGAAUCACUGUUAUAAAGAACGUCUCGGCAGUACAGCAAUCUUGUGGGAAAUUGUGACAUAGGUAAAUUGUACAAAAAUAAAAUAACAAAAA